GGGGGGUGGGAAAUGCCGUCGUCAUACGGAUUGUAAAAUUGCGGCUUCCAAGCCGUUUUUUCCCCCGUCUUUUUUAUGUUUGUUUUUGCACGUUCGUGACCACUCACUGCUGUUGAGGAGAUUUAAUCUGGAUGGAAUACUUAUGACUAAUUCUUCAGUAACGUUAAUUUGUGGAUUUGACUGCAAUACAAACAGCUUUUUUUCCAGCCAAGCAGAGGAGGAUGUGGAGGGAACGGAUGGAAAAGAGGCUAAAGUAAGAGGAGGAAGUGGAACUCGGAAGUGAGGAGGAGUCAUCAUCUGAUGCUGUUUUUUUUUUUUUUUUUUGCUGGAUGAGGGCGGCACGGUGCCCGCUGGCCUGGAAUGCAGACUACAUUUUUGUAAGCUCCACCUUUUUGUCUUGGACGUUUCAAGGACGCUGACCAGCUAAGUCACUUCUUCUUGGGAUAAGCGUGCGCUGCAGUGACUGCCUCCAGCAUGUUGACGUGAAUGGUACAGCGACGCAGGGUGGGCCUGGCACUGGUACCCCCCCCCCCCCCAAGCCCCCUCCUCCUCCUCUCCCCACCAUGCCCCACUGAUGUCCUCACAGUAGUUUUUUUUUUUUUUUUUAUGGACAUUCAACCCUGCUAUCUCACCCCAGUCAAACUUCAGCUGCUACUUUUCCUGGGAAGAGCAAAUAAAGCACAGCAACAGAAAAGGACCGACUCGGAAAUCUUCUGCUGGACGUAUCCCACACGUGCAUCACCAUUAGUCACCCUGACGACAAUUUUCCAGCCGUUGCUGUUAUUGCUCCAGUGCUUCUACUCAGUCAUGGCGGUCAGCAUGAGCAUGGGAAGAGACACCAAAUGGCUGACCCUGGAAGUGUGCCGCGAGUUCCAAAGAGGUACCUGCUCACGCUCAGAUGCCGACUGCAAGUUUGCGCACCCCUCGCGCAGCUGCCAUGUGGACAACGGCAGAGUCAUCGCCUGCUUCGACUCCCUUAAGGGCCGCUGUGCGCGAGAGAACUGCAAAUACCUGCACCCUCCUCCGCACCUCAAAACCCAGCUGGAGAUUAACGGCAGGAACAACCUGAUCCAGCAGAAGGCUGCUGCCGCCAUGUUGGCUCAACAGAUGCAGUUCAUGCUGCCUGGAGCGCAGCUGCAGCCCAUCACAACAUUCCCCAUGACGCCCUCCCUUGCAACCAGUCCCAGUAUGCCGUUCAGUCCAUACCUGAGCCACAUGGGCCCGGGCAUGGGCUUAAUGCCUGACCUGCUCCCCAGUACUCCCUUACUAGUCCCUGGAAGUCCCACCGGCCUGGCAGCCACAGGCAACGGCACGACCACGCCAAAGCACGCACGCACAGACAAGCUGGAGGUUUGUCGGGAAUUCCAGCGUGGGAAUUGCACGCGCGGGGAGAGCGACUGUCGCUACGCGCACCCCCUGGAGGCCGGCAUGGUAGACUGCAACGAGAACUCAGUGAUCGUUUGCAUGGACUACGUGAAGGGGCGCUGCGGCCGGGACAAGUGCAAGUACUUCCACCCUCCUACCCACCUGCAGGCCAGGAUCAAAGCUGGACACAACACAGCUUCUGCGGCCUUGGGUCAUUCCGCGGCGGGCGUGCAGUUACUGCCAAAGCGGCAGAUGUUGGAGAAGAGCAACGGCAGCCCCGUCUUCAACCCCAAUGUGUUCCACUACCAGCAGGCCCUGGCCAGCAUGCAGCUACAACAGCCUGCCUUCAUCUCCACUGUAGACCCUUCUGAGCUGGUGACUUCCGAUCCCUUGGCGCUCCCAUGUGUCCCCAUGGACAUGGAGGCUCACCUGUGUCCCGUGCCCAAACUGCUGAUGGUGGCUCCCUUGGCCCUCGAGUCAGUAAGCCUUUCUCCAAACGUCACUUAAGAUCCCUUAAAAAAUAAUAAUAAUAACUAAAAAAUAAAAAAAAUAAACUAAAAAAAAUAAAAGACAAACGUGUGCCUCACCAACUGCACGCCAAGUUUGAAGGCUGUGCUUAAGAGACGCCACCUUCUUCUCAGCCAUACAGUACAUACCAACACCUUAAAAGUGCAGCAUACGUUCAUGCUGAGCCAAUGAGAACUAGAGUGGGCUAACCCCAUUUUUUGUCGUUUGGUAGGAGAGUGAUUUAAAGUUUUAUGGCUGCGAUAUAUAUAUAUAUAUAUAUAUAUAUAUAUAUAUAUAUAUAUAUAUAUAUAUAUAUAUAUGUUUAUUUAUCUUUUUUACAGAAAUGUUUGUUUUCCUCAGAUUUUGUCAUUUUGCCAAAUAUAAUAAAUUUGGACUUGGAUCAUAUUGGAUAUUCAUAUUGCUUGCACUUUUAUGCACAAUUGAAGUACUGUCCUCCUCUUCAGUUUUAUAGAUUGGAUCCCAAUCAGAAUCAUUUAGGUUGCCUAAAAGACAAACAAACAAACUAGGAUUAGAAAAAAAGAAAUGUGCAAUAGUGAUCUAAGUCCAAACAUCCAUCAAAUCUGCCAAUAUUUCAUGAAAGAUGGUAAAUAAAAUUCACAUACACUAACAUGCAGAUACAAUGACACAAGCUACAGAACUACUUACUUUCUAACAAUCUAUGAACCUCACUUUUUUCGAGAUGUGGAAAUGGGAGUUGCCGCAGUGUUACACUGAUGUGUCCGGAAAAGCGCCGGGUGCAAUAAUGGACUGACCUUCUAUAUGUGGGUGAAGCCUGGUGUAAUGGGUGCAUCCAUCUCAGAAAUUGGAGUUUGCCAGUGUUGCACUGAUGAAUCUGGAAAAGUGCUGAGAGCAAUAAGGGUCUGUUUUGAGCAAUAAGGGACUGUUUCGAAAUUGGAACUUAACCUUGAUUUGGAUCCAGUAUUCAUGACACAAAUGGAGUUAGCCCAUUCUGGUUCUCAGUGGCUCGACUUGUAAAAUGUAAGACAUGCACAAACAGAAAACUAACCCCCCUUUAUGAGUUGGACUCAUCUUAGAGUGCAGCCCAACUGUUUGACUGUUCAGAAGCAAUGAAAUGAAGACCAGUCGAAAGACAGACUUGUGGCAGACGUGCUUUGUGGUCACGACGUGUUUACAGAUGGCCUUUCAUGUAAAACCUUUCACUUUUAACUUGUGUGACAUUUGGUUGGUCUUACUGUGUUGAGUUGGUUGUGAUUUCUGUUUGAGCUGCUCAGCUGCAGCGGAGACAAACACAAAAGUCCAAUAAGGAACAUACAGUCAACUGCCAUAUUGUUUAAAAAAACUCCAAAAGUACAUCCGAUAGGUGAAAAUUCAUAAUAUGGAGAGACCAUAUAAAAAUGAAUAAAUCACAAAUAAAAAUGUUUAUCCUGUAUGCAGUGGUUCUCAAACCACUGCUGUAUAAAAAUACAGAACAGAGAAUAAUUAGAGGAUGAUAUCAACAGAACAGUUUUCGUUAUAGAAAUAACUACAGUAGUUUCAUUCACUCAUCGUCGUCAUCAAAAUGAGGGCAGGUGCACAAAUAAUGUUUUUACUGUUCUUCUUUUUACACUUGAACACCAGUUAAGAAUGUUCAAAUGUUACGUCAAACAUUGCCUGGACAGUCUGACCAGUUUGAGUGGAUGAACUCAAUUUCCAUGAUUCCUAUGGGAAAACUACAUUUAAAAAAACUUCCACUGUAGUUAUGUACAGUACAGUAAAAGAAAAUAAUACUAAUAAAAAAGCCAUUUACAGAAACAUGUUAAUGUGUUUAAUUAAGAGUAUAUUUACUAUAUACGCAACGGUAGAAGUAAAAUAAUGUUUCCGGAAGGAUUUAGGAAUAAUGUAACCAUAAUUAACUGAAUAGACGGGUGGAAUUCUGACAGUUAUUUUCAUUUGAGUCACUGUGUUUAAUUUGUUUCUUGAUUGUGGAAAAAAAAAAAAAAAAAACAUGGUGUUAGCUUCUAGAAGCUUCAUUUUGGUCUCAAGCCACAAGUGACAUGAUGAUGAUGAUGAUGACGUUAGAGUGUCACAAUGAUUGAAGACAUUUCAUUCGGGCCAAAGUCUGCUGUUAUAUGCAAAGGAGCUGCACCAUUUUACGCAAUGCUGGAUUAUAAUGUACACAUGGACUUUUUAAACAUCAUUUGUGUCAUUUUAUGUUUUGAAGCCUUUUAGGUUGAAUGUUUGACACUAUAAAAUUCCUGUUUUACGGCUCUUGAAGGGCAGUCUAAACUUUAAAUGUUCCGAUUGUUUUGUGACAGUCCAAAGUUGGCAGACUGUAAAUAUGCCAGCCGCAGAUAGUCAGAAGUUAACAAGGGAAUUGUUUUAGGUUUUUGGUUGUUUGCUGUGUAAAUCGUGUGUUGCGAAUCCCUUCUAUAGAAAUUCAAAUGUGCCUAUUUCAAAUUCCCUCAAUGUCCUUACACUUUGUUUAAUUUUGCGUAUUAAUGAUUAUAGUUGUGAACACAUUGCUGGUGUUGUGACUUACUCUCUGAGGCAGCUGUGCUGUCUUAUUUGUCAGUGUGGUAGCCACAGUGAAUUGUGUGAAAUAAGUACCGGUAUUUGCUUAGUUGGUGCUGAAGAUUUUACACUCUGAACAUGAGUCAUUUUAAUAAAUCACGUCACGGUUUUGUCAAUUAUACAAUGCUCAGAUGCUAAAUGUGACCAUAUAAAAUAUAACUACGGCGUCAUGGAUUCAUUUAUCGUGAUGGAUUAAUUUAACAUGAACUCUCUUAGCUAGCAUACUCUACAAAGGAGUAUUAGGGGCCCAAAGAUGACUUUUUUUUCUAGAAAAUAGUGGGCUUUAUUCUCAUAAAACUACAAAUUUAGUCCAAAAGUACAUUUAUUUUUUUCUCAAAAGGAUGUUUUUUUCUUAAUUCACGUAUAAUUCCGACUUUUCUCUAAAGAAUGUACAACUUUAUUCUUGUAAUAUUACUUUUAUCUCAAAAAUAUAUUAAUCUUUUUCUCCAAAGAUAUUCUACCUAUCCACUUCAUAAUAUUACGACUUUAAUCUAAAAAAAAAUAUACAACUUCUUUCCCGAAAACAUGUAUGAGCUUAUUCCGGUAAUAUUACCACUUUAAUCAAAAUAAUGUAAGUUUUUUUGUAAAUAUAUACAACUAAUUUGUUGUAACAUUACGACUUUUCAUCUUGAAAACAUAAAAAAAAUUCCCAGAAAAAGAUACACCUUUAUUUUUGCAAUAAUACAACUUUAAUCUCUGCAACAUAUAACUUUCCCUCAAACAUAUUACAAUUUUAAUCUUGAAAACAUUUGACAUUGUUCUCGAAAAUAGAAACAACUUAAUUGCAAAAUUACAACUUUUUAUCUACAUAUAAAUAUACAACUUCCUUCUUGGAAAAAUCUACAACUUUAUUCUCAUAAUAGAGUACUACCAGUUUAAUCUUGAAAAUAUACAAUUUCUCUCUCUAAAAUAUACAACUUAAUUCUCAAAAUAUUAUGACUUAAAUCUAAAAAAUAUUACUUUUGAUCUUGAAAAUAUAUAACUCAAAUUUCAGUGUAAUUUUUUUUUUCUUUUCAGUGUGGUUGCCUAAAAUUCUGUCAUACUAUUUUUAGACAUAUAAAAAUGUGUUGAAUUAAAAAAAAAAAAAUUUAUAUGUAUCCCAAAGUGCCCCAAAAAAUGAAAAGUACAUAUCAGCGUGUUAUCACUUUUUAUUUGAACCACUUAAAAUGUGACUGUAUCAUCUUUAGCACAAAUUAAAACAAAUACAUUGUUUGCCUGUUGUACUGCAAUUCUAAGGUCGGCUACUUCAAGGAAUCUAAGCCACGAGGUGUUAUUCUCUCAGUUAAUAUGAUGAAUACUUAGAAUGUGCAGACAAGUGUUAUUUUGUUGAACCUUCCCUCUUAAACAUGAGUUUUGUCCACCGAAGAAGAGAAACACACGUCCCAUUAGUCCAGCCUUAGUUUCCUCAUAAUGCUUUUUGGAUUUAUAUUUAUUUUUAUUUUUUUUUACUGCUGUCUAUGAAAAUCUGAGUAUUUAUUCCAUAUCCUUGCUAUUUUAAGUUCCAUGUACUAGUACGGUCUCUGUCCUCACUAGUGAGACAAAUCAACACACUCGUACAACUAGGGCACACUAGUAGGACAAUUUACUUACGAGUAAAAGUUUUUUCCACUACUAGUGUAACACGGGACGAGUGUGGUGUAAAACUCAAGUACAGCACACCAAACCAUCGGAAUAAAUGGAAAAUUAUUUUAAUAAUUACUUUAAGAUCAAUUGUGACAGAUCACUUCAAAGCCAAAGUACAGAGCAGUCAACCUCACACUCAAUGAUGUGGCUUUGAAGAUUGACAAAAUGAUGCAAUGCUUCAUAAUCCACAGAUAGCAGGUCAGGAAUCCUCAAACGUCAUUAUUCUUAAUCCAUGAUUUGCAAAGAGCAGAACGGGGCAAACGGAAAACUCACACUUGGUUUAUCGUGCAACAGAAUCCCCAGCCGCCACAGGCACCCGGAAAAAAACUAGUAGGGGUAAAAGUCAAAAACAGAAGGCUGAUCCAACAGCCACAGAAACAAGCAACCUUGAGCCGGCAGAAUUCUCGUUCGAGUUCGGAAAGCAGAAGGCUGGACAAACAGCCAACAGGAACAGAGAAACUUGAUCUGGUGGAACUCCGUCGUGGACGGGAAGCGAGUAGAUUCACGGGGUAGCGCUGUCGCAUCUUGUACGAAUGACCGUCGGACACUCUGACACUAAUUGGAUCAUCAACAAGGCCUUAAAUAGGGAGUUGUAGCUGACUGUGGCAUCACACUGUGAUUGACUAACAGAUUGGCUGUCUGUCAUGGCAGACUGUGACAUAGUGGGCUACUUUUGGCCUACUAGUGUGCAAUUAAACCUUACUAGUAAACUUCUGUGCUGCACUAGUAACACUACUAGGCCUAACGAAUAGGCAAGUGUCACCCACUCGUAACCUGGAGUGUCCACUCGUAGUUUGGCCUCACUAAUAACAUGUAAUUGUCCUACUAGUACGCCGAAGUGAUCCUACUUGUGAGAAUAAAGAGUGUACUAGUACAUGGAAGGAUAUUAAAUAAAUGCUCAAACAUUAAAACCUUUCCUCGUUUUUUUUUUUUUUAAAUCAGCCAACAGUGAAAAAGCUUAUGUGUCAUUCUGAGGUGUGAAAACUGAUAGGUGCUGUUUGCAGAACUAAAGCGGGGUACACACAUACCAAUUUUUCACAUCUUAACCAAUUUGUUUAAACGCGACAAGGAAAAGAAUCAGUGGAUUUGCGUGAUUCACAUUAGGAUUUGUGAUCGUAAAUAUUGAACAGGUUUAACAUUUACGAUUGUGAUUAUGAUGGGAUGGGAACAUACCCCACACCACUGGGAUAAUCGCUUUGGAUAAUCUUUGAGAGAAAUCAGAUAAUUGGGCAUUGGCUGACUUUGAUCAGAAAAUGAUCAAAUUAGGCCCGAUUAUCGGUAUGUGUGUACCCCGCUUUAGUCCUUCUGUCUCAAACAAAAAGGACCUUAUCUCUUCUUCACUGUAAAAACAUACUGUAGGUAUAAAGAUGAAUUAAUCAUUUUGUUUUAUUUGAGAGGGAAAAGACAGCAUGGAAAUACAAACAUCUUUAUACAUAGAUAGCAACAAGAAAUGUGUAUAUCAAAUAUUUGACAUUUUUACACAAUGGUGGAGUCAUUGUUGAUGCUAAUAGUUGCUAUGGCAACAAAUGACAACAUGACUACGUUUCUAGUAUCCUCAUUAUAAAGCGAGUGUGACACAUCAUUAAUUUAUUUAAAAAAAAAAAAAGGGGAAUAUUCAUACCGAAUUAUGAAAAUAUCCAAAGGUCCUUUGGAAAGAUCAGGUGUUUAUUUAGUCCACCUUAUGUUAUUUUUAAAAAUCCUUGUACUGUACAUGGUGUUUUGGGAUUAAAACUAUGGAAGUAUAGCUGUGCCAUCAGAGUUUAAAUUCAGUGUCAAAACAUUUUUUAAUUCGUUGUCCAAAAUUCUUAAAUGGAAUUUCUUUGUUUUAACCAUCAAAUUUCUAACACAAUUUUGUUUUUAGUAAAAAAAAAUUCUGUGUCAAAAAUUUAGUUUCGAGAAUUCAAAAUUCUGUCAAAAAUGGAAAUGUCAGUGUUGAAACUUCAGUCUUUUUUAAACUGACUGUCAAGCACUGAUUUUUCUUUCCAACAAAUUUCUAACAGAUUUAUUUUUUUUUUUUACCACAAAGAAAUUAUCUGACUUGCUUUACCAUUUUUAAAAAUCUGUGGCAGUUUAGUUAAAAACAAUUCAAAAUUCAGUGGCAAAAUGUUAAAAUUCAGUGUCAAACAUUCAAAAUUCAGUGUCAAAAAUUCUAAAUUUAGGGAAGAAAAUUCUGUGUCAAAUUAUAUGUCAUUUUCUAAAACUAAAUAUGUAACACUAAUUUAAAAUUUCUAACAUUGUUGUUGUUUUUUUAUCAUCAAAUUUCUUACAGAAUUUUUACCAUCCAAAAAUUAAUUUUUUUUUUUAACCAUCAAAAAUAUUUAAUGUCAAGAUUUUUUUUUUUUUUAAUUGAGGGUUAUCUUUUAAACUGAAAUGCUUACACUACAUUUUUUUGACGGUAAAAAACAAUCCUGGGUUAGAAAUGUCAUGGUAAAAUUCAGUGUUGUAAAUUGAAAUUCUAACUCUGAUGGCACAGCUAUAUUUCCAUAUUAACCAACUGAUUUGUGUGUCUAAAGUGAUGGUCUAUAAGGGAGAUAAUGGGGCUUUUGGACUGAGUUUUUCAUGUUUUUUUUUUUUUUAAGCUCAUACAAGAGUUCUAACAGACAGUCCACAAGUCUCCUUUUUUGGGGGGGAAGUCCAGCUGCUGACAAAUGUCCAGCCUCUACGAAUGUGUAACCUUCACCUCGUUUGCACUUAUGUACAUAUUAUAGAACUAAGUAUAAAUACUCCCGAAAAUGUUUAUUUUGAAUACAUUUAGACGAAAAGAAUUUCAUAGACUGUCCAACCAGUAGAUUGUUAAUAGUAUGACUACUGUAUGUCUAUUAUUUGAGGACAGUGUAAUGCUAUUGCUUCAUGUCCUUUUUAUUUGUUUCUGCUUAUGAAAUGCUUUUUUUUUUUUUUUUAAUGAAGCUGUUUUAUUUGAGUGUAGUCCUGCACUGAUGUCAGAUAAUCUGGAGGAAUAGCAAAAUGGAACUGCUUGUGUAAAAAUAUGAUAAAAAACUAAGUAAGAAGGCAUCGUAGCCAAUCACUAACCUAUGCUAAGGCAGUAGUGAUGUCAUAAUUACAGUAAAUAUUUGUAUGGAAAGCACUCGUAGGCCAUAGAUAUAAAACAUUCCAAUUAAAAACAAUAAGCACGGCAGUAACCGAGUGUCACGCCCUUUUCUUUAGUGUCCUGAUUAUGAAAUGAACUCGUUCUAUAAAAAUAUUACUAAAAAUGAUAUACAGGGCGGGCCAAAUGUAGACUGAUGCAGAUCGAGAAUUGUGUCGUACUUUGUGUCAUACUGUUCUGGAGCGGUUUGAGGAAUGUUGCGUUGUUCAUGAAGCACAUCUUGAGCACUUAUGAGACUAAAUUAUGCUUAAAAAAAUGUAAUAUUAACUAAUACAUAUUAAUGUAAUAAAAUGUUUUAGCUCUGUAAAAUCCAUACCUACUGGUGUAAGCCUACUUUUCCACUGUCCUUGGUUUAUGACGUAAUUCCGUUCUAUGGCGACAACAUAACCUAAUUUUGUAGUUUAUUCUGAUUCCUAUCACCAACCUAUGCUAACGCACAAGUAAAGACAUAAUUAGUGAAAAUAGUUGUAUCGGAAACAUUUCUAGCCAAUAAACUAGCCAGCAAACAAGUUCAUUGCGCGCAGGGCUAUGAGCUAAGGGGCCCUGACAGACAACUAUUUACUCAUACUGUAUCAAUAACACCAGCACUGCUUUAGACACUGCAACAACAAUGUACUGGGAAUGCCCCACGUAGCUCCCCUUACUAGUUGUUGUUGGCUGGUGGCUAGUUGAGAGACUGCUGAUAUUUGGCCUUAUCAACGACACUACCAGAAACCACUGUAGAUACUGCAAUGACACGUUGGGAUUCAGGAAUCCCCCUAAUGGGGCCCCCUCCUAGCAAGCUUGUUGUCAAACACAUCACCAACAAAAUGAAACCAACCUAUAACUUAGUUAUGAAGUACAGUCGUCCCUUGUACACUUCACUGAAUCACAGAGUUUUAAGUCGUACGACAUAUCUAAUUUUCCAACGCAGAUUUGUCGCUAUACCUCUGGAUUUUGCGUUGAUCAUUUUUCCACAUGUGCAUUUCAGUCGCUUUAUUGAACAAUUGGUAACAAAAUAAACAAACUGGCGCUCACCCAGAGGCACUGAACACGCAGACUAGCUAAUGGGUUGGUCAGUUAACAGUAAGCCAACGCUACACUCUCAUUCGCUGACUCCCACUCAUCAGUCCAGGCCCUGCCUUUUAAAACCACACGCAACAUACAUACAAAGUCAGAGAUACUACAGUGUAGAAUGUGAGGAUAGUGAACGCAAGUGGACAAAAUUACUUGUCUUACUACCCUUAAGCUCAAGACAGAAAUUAAAAAAACACGUAAAUCAAAUCAAGGCACUACUCUAUAUAUAAAUAAUAUAAUAAAUACAUGGUCGCUACGUUGCAGUUUCAUCUACUUUGCAGGUUUUUCUCGACGCCUCUGGAACGUAAACCCGCAUGAUAAACAAGGGACUCCUAUAUAGCUAUAUCAUCCUGGUUUUUUUUCUUGGGGGGCGGUGCUCCAUUAAAGUUGUUUCCUUGUUACCUUUAUUCCAAAACAGAAUUUUCUUCUGUGUUGUAUCCCCACUGACAAAGCCGUAGAUUUGUUUUUGUCGUGAUAUUGCUGCAGCAUUUGUGUGCUGCAGGUUUGGACGUACUCUCUGCUCUUUAUUUUUGCUCUUCCAGCUUGCCCAUGUUGUUGCCAUCGUGCAGAUCCCAGCUCGAUUGAGUCAUCCUGAUGAAUAGUUUCCCAACCCUCCAACUCUUUAAUAUGAACUCAAGUGCACGCGGGGGGUAUGAAAGCCGUUUGAGCAUUUAUUCACUAUCCUACUAAGACAAAUCAGCUCACUAAUAGAAUUAAUGUGUGUUACUAGUAAUGUUUUGCCACUACUAGUGCCCCUUUUGGACUAGUACACAAUUAAACCUUAAAUAGUAGGCAUGUGUCAUGCACUUUUAGCUUCCUGGAACUGACAAGUAGCAUUAGUGACAUCUAGUUGUCGUACUAGUGUACAGAAAUGAGUAGAAGGCAGUAGUAGCAAAAAACAUGACUAAUUACAAAAAGUUGUUCUACUAGUGCGUUGAAUUGUCUUGCUAGUUUUAAAGACGUUUGACCAUUUAUUCAAUGUCCUUUGUCAGGUUAAGGUUCAUGUACUAGUAGACCAAAAGUGGCACUACGAGUGAGAAAAAUUUAACUUCUAAAAUAGACAUUCUACAAAUGCGCUAAAUUGUUUCACAAAUAAGGACAAAGCACGUACUAGUACACCUUCAGCUAGCUAUGAAGGAUAUAGAAUAAAUUCUCAAACGGCUUUCUGGAAAGCUUAAGGUCCAUGUACUAGUAUGCUCUUUGUCCUCACCAGUAGGACAACUUUGGCCUACUAGAAGGACUACAUGUUACUAGUAAGGCAACAACUACAUACUUCUAGUACUACUAGUGAGUUUAUAAAAAUUCUACCACUCAGCAUCUAGCGCUUCGCUAGUAGUGCACAGAUGUCAACUAGUGCACAGUUUUGCCACACUAGUCAACAUGCAGUUGUUCUACUAGUAUGCCAAAGUUGUCCUACUUGUGUGCAGAAAUGUCAUAGGACAGUAGUAAAAAUGUUACUAUUAAGACACAGUCGUUCUAGUAGUGCACAGAACUACAGUAUGUGUGUCAUUAUGACGCUAAUAUGAUUUUCUGUCCAUGUUUUGCAUUUAAUGUGAUACUCCUUUCUAAAACAAGUGUAUGUAAAACAUUAAAGAAAAGUCAAAAAAUGUAGUUGGAGAGUUUCAGGAUAAGCCAUAUAAUGAUAAACUCAAUCACAAGUGACUGCUUUGUAGUGUUUUGUUUCUUUUUUUGUUGUGUUUUGUAUGUGCCGUGCUGCUUGCCAAUUAUUCAUUUGGCAUGUAUAGUUAUUACUAUGAGUAAGGUACAGUGCCUAUUAUUCUGCCAUUUCUGUUUGACCUUUAAUAAAAUCAUUGUGAUCUCA